CUAUUUAAAAUCAACAAAGAGAGGGCAAGAACCUCAAACUGCUUAGUUCUUUCUCGGCUCGUUAACAAGACGUCUUUUCACCGUUAAAGUUUUAUGAUCAGAAAGGAGGGAAAACUGUAAAGGUAUGAUUCGAAUUUUUUGGAAUUGUCCUAACUUUUAGUCGCAUAUUUUCAGAUAAAUUCACAAAAAUAAGUGAAAAGCGUUAAAAGACGGUUCGUCGCAUUUCACAAUUUUUAAAAUGGAGUUCGUAAAUUUUACUUUUACUACCACAACUAUCUUUUCCGGUUAAAAACCGUGUUGAUCGUGAACGGGGAAAAUAUUGUUUGCCUUUCGCUUUAUGUGCACCUUCAUCUUUAAUGUAAUUUGCGACUUGUGAGCCAAACUCAAUGAAAUCUUUAGUGGUGCAAGGAAGUGUGACAAAGGUCCUUUGCCGUGAGGAAAUAAGAAUCUUUGACUACACAAGUAAGUUGAACAGAAAUAGUUACCUCAGAUCUACGUAAUUACCGCGUUAUUUUCUCAAGUGUUAAUUUAGAAACACGCAAUGUAAAUUUGUACACCCAGGCUCUUAAUUUGUAAAAAACUGGCAAUUUUACGGCUACCAAACUGAAAUUAAAUUGCUAUACUAGCUGGUACGGUUGAUGAAAUUAUUCUAAAACUUCUUGUACCUGAUGAACAUUAAUGCACAUUAUCUUAUUGGUUUUCACUCUUUGUAGCGAGGCAAUACGCAAAUUGGAUCUAAUAAGUUGCAUUUUAAAAGCACUCUAAAAACUGCAUCAUUAUCAGCAAGUUACAACAUGCCAUGUUAUAAACCUUGAUGUGGUAUUUUCUGCCCGAACGCACAUCACUCUCGCUAAUACGUUGUUCAGUCUUUUAGACAGACUUUCUGAUUACAACCACGCCUCAGCUAAUAAAAAUGAAAUCUACUAAAGUUGUAAGCAACAUCUUGUUUAUUUGCUUACUUGUACGAUUCUAAAAACUAUCAUUCUCUAAAUAUAAGGUUUUGCUGGAACACAUAAAUUAACCCGGCGUCCCUCUUCAACUCAUCACAACAAUCCAAAAGCGUUUCUAUUUGAUUAUUAUUCAAGAGACGUAUACAACAAAAUAGUUUUCACCAAGUAACCAUACUACUGAGGUUUUUAUUCCAAUACAAAAAUUCCUCACGUAACUCAGGAAAAGUUCCUCAUUUACAGCCGGCAACACGUUGUUUUUUAAAGUGCUAGAUAGUAGGGUUUGUCAUCUAUACCCUAGCUAAUGCUGUUUGUCAUUUUUUGCCUAAAUGAUCUAGAUUUUUUCCUCUUGCCGAGCCUAAUCUUUGUCUAAUAAAUUAUUGACAUGUAUUCCUUCUUGUACGGGUUUCUAAGUCGAGCAUGGAUGAAUAGGGUUUCCUAGUCCAUAUCUAUAGCAAUGAUGACACACGUUCAAUCAUUAGCACCGAAUGGCACAAUGAUGAUUGUCUUCCUAGUGUGCGAGAUAAGGAAACUCUUUCUAGCCGACAGAUGUUUACUUUAAAAUAAUUGGUAAGUCUGAAAUACCGGCGAAUUUUGUAUGUUAUACAGUCAUUUUACAAGUGUAAUUAGAGUUUUGAAUAAUUAUAUUGGACGAUAAACGUGAGGUAGGGUCUGUAACACAUGCAGGGACACCCUAAAGGUAUAAGGCCUCCUCAGUCUUUUAAUAAUACGCAAAGGUGGAUUUUCCGCCUUAUUUACUUUGGACGCAUUUUAACUCUAGAAACUGAACUAUUCAAGCAAUAUGUUUUAAGGAUUCGCUUGCGGAUUGGAAAUUAAAACUGGAUUUCCCCAUUGCUUUGUUCUUGCUCUGAAUAAAUCCUGUGAUCUAAGCUAUUGUAGGAUCUGUUAAUUAAAAAACAAUGUUGCAAACGGAUUGCUAUUAAACAAAAUUCGUUUUGGAAUUUAGUUUUGGUGUUCGGAAUUGGAUUUUGAAUAUCCAAAUCUGAAUUUCACAAAUUAAAUGUACCUUUAGCAUUAGAUUGUAUUUAUUAAGACGGCUAAAUUAUUGCUUAUUAUUUUAUUAUCAUUUAAACUCAAAGACUUUAUUAAUCUACCUAGUUCAGCCAAGAAGUAUUUCAAUGGGUUCACCAAGAAUCACCAAAGGGUGGGAAGAAAAUACUUUCUUAAAACUAGUUGAUGUUUCCAUCACAAAUUAGAUAGUGGAAUAAAUCAUUCCCCUUUAAUUCUAAGAAAGCGUCGUUUCGAUUACUUUUUAACAUUUUUUCUUUUCACCUAGGAAAUGAGUGACCCAAAAGAAUCCGAUCACGAGAAUCAAGAAGAGGAAUCAAGUGAUUCCCCCACCUUGCACCACAGAGUCCCGAAAUGCGCCCGCUGCCGUACUCAUGGCACCGUGUCAUGGCUCAAGGGUCACAAACAUUACUGCCGCUGGCGAGACUGUACAUGCGCAAAAUGCCAACUGAUCACUGAGAGACAGCGUGUGACAGCUGCGCGGGUUGCGUUACUCAGGCAACAGCGUAAAGGAGCUGAGUUAAGAGCUAAAUAUCAGCGAGAACUGGAAAAUGCUCGAUUGACAUACUCCAUGGUGUUUCAGGCCAAUGGUUUAGCAGGUAAAGCAAUUCAAGUUCAAAUUUUCUUGUGCGUUGUACGGUUGGGGGUUGCGGGAUAGAUCGUAGGAUGCGUUCAAAAUUAAUGUCCCUUUUACAAAGAGGUACACAAACUUUGUCUCCUGCAUCCACAACAUAUGAAGGACCCUGAUCACCACCAUAAAUCCUUGGAUAAUAUAAAGGGCAAGCGAUAUUUCACCUUCUUUGGCUGGUCGAUAAUACUUGGACGCUCCCCCGUUAAAUAACAGUUGGUUAAUAAUAACAAAUGAAAAUAGGUGACCGGUUUUUAAGUAGUCAACUGUAUUUUGUCGUGCCUGAAAGGUCACUGAAAAUUAACCAUGAAGAAUAACACAAGCACAACACAAAGCAAGUGUGGGAUUUAGAAAAAACACUGCAUGUUUUGCAUUUCCUAUCAGGGAUUUUUUCACCAACCUUUUUUCGGAAAGAAAAUUAUGUGACUGUUGUUGUCAAAUAGCACUGAAAAGGUGAUGGUCUAAAAGUUGAGAUAAGUAUAUUAUACUGUGCCGACAAUUCCACAAUGCUCCUGAAUUAACGGCGUUCUAUUUUUCUAGCAUUUCCAAGCAAUCAUCGUCAUCAUUUUUAUCAUCAUCCCGCCCAGGCAAAUAUGAGUCACUUAGAACCGAGGAUAACCGAAAUUACACCCAGCUCUGGUGAGUAUUUUUUUAAAGCUCACUUUCACGCUUUAAUUCGUACCAUUAACUAGUACACCAAGUUUGCAGCAACGAGAGGCCUGGUGGUUUCUUGUGCAAACAUUCACGAGCCCAACUCCCGCACCCACUCUCACAAACUGGUUUCCACAUGGUCUCAAUUAACGUUCUAUAGGCUGUGUUGCAGUCGUUUCUUCUCCGAGCCCCUUACGGCACGCGAAACCAUGGGGAACACUUUUUCUUCUCUUCCUCAAUUGCACGCUUUCGAAUGCUAUACAUAGGAAAUCACUGCUAAGCAGUUCAAAUGUCGAGGUUCAUUGUUAAUUCCAAACUGCGUUCCAGUAGCGUUUCCAAAACUCCGUGAUUGAUAGACUAUUGAAGUACAGUUUCACGAGAGUUUCUUCUUAAUCUUCCAUUCACAGAAUCCCUGAAAAGGUGCAAUUCGUUCGCAGAAGAGGUCGAUGACGGGACCCCAAGCCCUAAAAGGACUGCUCUAUCUCCAGAUCUUGACGUGAAGAGGGAGCCGCGUGAACAUGGAGGAGAAAGACCUGCCAUGACAAGCCCUGUUAGCUCUCCACAAGCGAGAAAAACACCAGAUCAAGAGAGCGUCAAUUCAAACGGAAAGUAUCUUCAAGAAAGCCUAUAUGAUAGGCCACAUGAGUAUCAAUAUCCCUGGCUAUCAAAGGAGUUAAGCGCUCUAUCACUCAGGCACCCUCCAAUGGAGCUCCUCAGUAAACUCUUCCCGCACCAAAACAUGACCACACUAGAACAUAUCCUGCAAAGUUGCCAUGGUAGCGUGGUGGAGUCCAUAGAAAUGCUGCUGUCUACUCAGGAGUCUAGGGGAAGUAAGGUGAGGGCGUUGGGAGGCUUCGGAUUUUCAGCGGUCAGUCAUGCCUCUCCAUUCCUUCAUGGUCCUAUGACUCGCAACGUCAUCACAAGACCGUUAACCAGCACUCAUGCAUGUUCCCCAACGCGGCUUUACCCAGCAUCACAACUUCCGCCACCACUUCUAGUGAAGCCCAAACCGGAAAUGGCGUUUAAGUUUUCCUCUAUUGCUCAUGCCCCAUACAAUACCGAGUCGAGGGCUUGUGGACUUGCCAUGACCCGUUUCUGUAGCAGAUGUGGACACAAAAUAGCCGUUUUUGAUAAGUUUUGCGCCCACUGCGGAAAGGUUCUUAGUGAAUCGGCGAAUGGUCUAUAAUUCCGUCAAUAGUGAGUUUACGCAACAGGACGGCGGGAAGGAGAGGACGGCAAAACGCUUGUAUGUGACAAACGUGACAGGGCUAUUUUUAUACUUGAGUGUUUUUUCGCGAUCACCACUUAAUACCAAUGUUUUCUGGUCCUUUACAAAAAGAUCUGUUUAAAGGAAAGUGACGUUGUUUCAAACAAAAUUAUUGUCACGCUUGUCACACAAGGUUUGCCGUCUUCUUUCCUCUCCCGUCCUGUUGCGUAAGUUCAUUAAUGUAAAUGGUCAUGUGGAUAAAGAUGUUAAAUUCUUGAAAAUGCAAGGGGGAUUCUUGUAAAAUAACUCCUAACUUGGGCUUAAACGAAGCCGACUGUUACAAUUAAUUCAUGGACAUAGUCCUUUGAAACUGUAUGUAGAAUAUGUAUUUAUAUUCUUCUUCAGGCAUCCAUUUGGUAGUGUUAUUGAGCGAACUGAUCAUUAAAGGGAAACCAAAUUAAAUAGAUUUAAUGAAAAAGACUAAGAUGUAUACAUGUUGAAAUAACUUCUUUUCACUAUAUAAUACUUGCGAUUCAUAAAAAAACUAUGUUACAAAACUUCAACUGGAAUGUAAUUCAGUUAACUGUUACGCAAUUAGAAAAGUAUGAUUACAACCAUGAAAGAAAAAAAAAAACUUGCUGAGUGCGCUGUUGGGGUAAAUAAGCGUGAGAGAGGAUAUGAGAGAAAUGAGGAAGAAGGCGUGCUCCUUUGAUGAGAGAUUCUCUCCGCACCUUUGUUAAGUUUUAUGGGCUUGUGUCUUGGGAGCCACUCCUGAAAAUACGGGUGGGGCUCUGUGACAAACUUGCGGAGACCUUACCCUAUUUCAGACCGCUCCUCUUAAUAGAAAAAUGAUUAAAAAGCGUGUGUAUUCUAAACAUAUGGUAUUAUUUAACUACAGGCUGUACCAAAUAAAAGAACAACGCACCUAAAAUAGACAGUAAAAACUAGAAAGGAAGCAAUACUUACAGAUUCCGAUAUGUUGCUUAUUUUUAUCCGUGAAAGAAUGUCUGAUAUAUAAAUAAGAAAUUUGGAACUUCUGUUGAUAGUCUAAUCUACGAUCAUUGAUAUUAUCUAGUUAUUUAUUCUUUCAUCUAUAUGGUACACACGGUGUAGGUUACUUCAGAAUAUCCGAUCUAAUCAGCGUAAAGAAAAAAUAGUAAAGCAAAGACUUGCAACACAACGUAGAGGAUACAAUAAAGUUGUUGUCUGAUAAUGAUAAAAAAUAUUCGGCUAGUAAUUAAAACCAACCCCGUGAGUUGUUGUUACCGAACAACACUAUUGCACGUGCUUAUAAAAUAUCAAAAGACUAUGUAUAUACCGUACGAUUUUCCAUCACAGGUAAUGCAUUUAAGUUUUGACGUUUUAAAAUUAAUUUCAUCGCGUGCCCCUUAAGACCACAAGGUUUUUUAGUAUUUCGCAACUUUUUCUAACAAGCAUGUGCACGUUAUCCCACCAUGUUUUAAAAGUUUC